GGGGUCGAGUGAGGGAGACAGAACACUGAACAACAACACAACAGAAUAUACUGAUUUUACUGCUUCGCGCGGUUACCCCUGACUUACUGCUCUGCGCGGUUACACCUUCACUUAUUGCAUUUACUGCAACAAAACUAGAUAGCUGCAGAAGCCGGUUGCAGAAAUGAGGCGAGCCUCGAGCCACUCUAGAAGAGCAGUGACUAUACCUGCUUCAGCUGAGCGAGAUGUGCCAGUUCAUCACCAAAGCCGCAGUCGAUGGAUCGUAUAAUGAUCCCUUUUUGGAGACGCCAAAUCGGAGGUCGGAUACCAAAAGCGUCUCCGCGCUGUCAUACAGAACCUCAACGAAUCAUUCGCCGAACAACAUGGCGAAAGGAGGUCACAAAUACAAAAUCAUCGACUCUCAGAGGAGACAACCGAUGCGGAAAUUAUGAUAGUUAGUAGGUGUUAAUACAUGUAUCAUAUCGAUCAUCUGAUUCGUCGGACCCGCGGUCGUGAACUAUCCGGCACUUGCAAUUAGAUGAUCAUCGCAGAUCUGCAACCUUGGACGAGCAUCGUUGAGCAAAAUGC